AUGCUCACCCAACCCCAUCUGCAGACAUUCAUCUUUGUACGGCCCCCACCGGCCAAAACCAACCAUCCCCUCAAUCUUCAAGUUCAGCUUAUACCUCCCAACUCUCGGGGCCCAUCGGGUCUGCCAAAUGCCUCCCGACAAUCCCUCGACCUUUCUGCCGCGAAUUCCGUUCCGAGCAGCCCCACAACCACCGAUGCAUCCGGCUCGUCAGCGUAUGAAGAUGGAGCACCACUUUCCCGCUCUUCCUCCAACGCUUCGUCAACUUACUCGCGAUCUUCGUCCGCAUCAACCUACUCCGCUGCUUCAACGAGUUCAAGCGCAAGUAGCAGGCGAAUGAUUGUGCCCUUGUAUAACCUCCAGGCCCAUAAUGUUAUGACCAACACCAUUGUCGACGCUGGGACUGAUGCGAAGAUCGCAAAGUUCUCGAAACGCGGAAUCGAAAUGCUUGACCUGGCGGUUCUUGAGCCAGUGGAGGUUUAUGCCGGAGGUGGAGCCCCUGUAGGCGGCGAUGCACUCGUUGGGUCCGCCUUUUCGAACAAAACCGUUGGUGGGCGACCAAGCGUCAACUUACAAGUUCCUGCUGGCAACGGCACAGGGCAUAAUAGUCGACCUGGCACUCCAGACCCUUCAGCCACGACAAACUCAUCUCAAGCUUCGUUAGUUUCGAGUAGCGUGCAAUCAUCACAUGCAUCACAAACAUCAGCAGAUAAGAAAAAUCUGUUCGGGAAACUAUUCAAGAGGAAGGAGGAGAAAGACUCGCCGACCCCGACCCCGACUCCGACAAACAAUAACAAAUUGUUCGGUCACUCUAAGACGCCGAGCAUCUCAACGCCGACCCCGUUACCCGUGGUGGUAGCCGCUCCACGGACCUCUAUUGGUAGCGUGCAGCGGUCUUCAAUCGACAUUGGUCCGCAAGAUCACCAUCAGACCUCAGCGCAGAUAGCUGCCACUCCUGCUAUUGUUGGACAUGGCCCUAUUCUGGGGGUCUUGCCAAGUGUUUCUUCACCAGUCCAUCCGCCGAAAGGACGGCCGGGGCUGUAUGUGUGGGUCGUCAAGCGAUGGAUGAAAGGCGAUGGCGGCGGACUUCUCAGUGUAGCGAAAGGAAUGGUCAAGGGCCACCAAGAUCAAACCGACGUGACACAGGAAGUCGAGGUCCGGUUUGAAUGGAAGCGAGGCAAGGGGAAGGGCAAGAAAGCCAAAAAAGACGGCGAGGACCGCCCAGCUGCUCGCCGACAAGGAAGCGUGGCGAAUCUGGGAACUGCAAAUGCGCCGACAAGGCGGCUCAGCAUGAAUAUCUCGCGACAGAGCAGUUUCAGCAAUGUGUCCGUGUCGGAGGAAGGUCACGUGCAUGAUGGCCCUACAUCCAAGUCUGCCAGACGGCGAUCGCUUGCUCUCUCUGUUGGGCAGGGUGAGGAUGGGGGAGAGUCUGGUGAUGAGAGUGAUCCGGAGGACUCGGAAACGCCUUGGACGUGCACCGUUAAAGUGCGACGCCUGGCCAGCCAUCUCCGAUCGCGGUCCCAUUUGAGCUUCCAUCACCACUCCCGAGAGCCGACCGCUGAGGUCUCGGAGGACGGUGUCAAAAAGGAAGUGUUGAAGGUCAAAGUCGGAACACUUUCGCCAACGCCACAUCACCCGAAAGUGGUUGCGAUGCUCAAAGUGCCCUUCCCGCUCCCCGAUGUGAAUGUGGAGCAGAUGAAGGCGGAGAAAAGAGAAACGAGUGGACAGGGCGGGUCGUUGGGAGCGCCGAAGGGUGCGCACACGUUGACGCUCACUGCCGAGGAGAUCAAGGAUGUUGUGUGCAGCACGGGUCUGUGGCUCGUUGUCCGUGAGGGUUUUGGUGGCAUUGGGAAAGUCAGCCGCAAGGGCGAUGGCUGGCGCAUUCGAGGGUGA